AUGCUAAAAUUCACACUUUAUUGCCUAUUUUUCUGUGGUUUGGCAAAAUCGAAUCGAAGAAUCGGUGAUCCAUCAUCAUCAAAUUUUGCCAAUCCAACUUUUGACGAUUAUUAUGUUGAUUCGAUGGAAUUGCCCGAGAAAUGGACACCAAGAAUGAGAAUUUCGACGAUAUAUCCAGGGAGUGGAAGUGAUGAACUACAGACAACGAUGAAAUCACUCGGUGAUUCGGGCACAGAUGGGAUGACUUUUAACGAUUUCGUCGAGGCAAACAUCUGUAAAGCGAACAUCGCCCGACUUUGUUUUGACGAUGCCGACAAAAAUGGUGACGGAAUUGUGACCAAUGAAGAGUUGAGGAAUUAUCAACGAGAAGCAAUGAAUCGAGCAGACAACCUCUACAGCGAGUUUCAAAGACACAACUUUGCGCUGGCCGAUUUGAAUGGCGAUGGGGAAAUCUCGAGGAAUGAGGCAGCGAAAUUCGCACAAAAUGAGCUAAAGAUCAAUGCUGACGCUGAUUUCGAGAGAUUUUUCCAAAAAAUGGACAAGAAUGGAGAUGAAAUGCUGGAUAGAAACGAGUUCUAUGACUUUUUGGAUAACUGGUACCGAAAUGAUUCGAAUCUCCAUGUGAAUUUCAACGAUUACACUGAGACGACAACGGAAAUGGAUACCAUUUCAACCGACGAAACCCCAGAAGAGACACCAAUCGAAUAUGAUCAG